AGUUUGAUAUGCUCUCACAGUGACAGUGGUGUGCGACUUAGCGACGCUCCCACUUGUCUCUGCUACUUCCCAAAUCCCCACAUCUCUUACACACAAACACAUUUCUCUCGUUGUUCCCCGCAAAAGACGAAUCGUAUCCAUCGUGCGAUUCAUUUCCCCUCUUCCUCUUCUUCUUCAUCUUCUUCUUCUACCUCACAAUACAAAACAAGUAUGCUAACAUACGCAUUCCGCUAAUGGCGCCCCCGCUCGUCCUCUCCAUCCUCGUCCUCUCCCUCCUCCUCUCCUCCUCCGAUUCCCUUCUUAUAACCCCCAACUCCACCCUCCUCAGCCCUAACCGCACCUUCGCCCUCGGCUUCUUCUCCCUCGGCGUCGUCGGCGGCGGCGUUGGCGCCUCUCCCCGGUGGUACCUCGGCAUCUGGUAUGCCUCUCUCCCCCCUCGAACCAUCGUCUGGGUCGCCAACCGCGCCGCCCCCGUCCUCUCGCCCUCCCCCGUCGCCUCCCUCUCCCCCUCCGGCCGCCUCACCAUCUCCUCCGACGCCUCCGUCGCCGCCGCAGCCGUGUGGGUCUCCGACAAUGGCCUCCCCGCCUCCGACGCGCUCCUCCUCGACUCCGGCAACCUCGUCCUGCUCUCCCAGUCGGGAUCCGCCGUGUGGGAGAGCUUCGACUCCCCCGCCGACACCUGGCUCCCCGGCAUGGCCAUGACCCGCCAGAGGCGGAUCGUGUCUUGGCGGAGCCCCUCCGACCCCUCCCCGGGACCCUUCUCCCUCCGCCUCCGACCCCCGGCCUACGGCGAGUUCGAGCUCGUCUUCGACGGCUCCGUACCCUACUGGUCCACCGGGAACUGGACGGGGACGCAGUUCGCCGGGGUGCCGGAGAUGACGGUGCCCUACAUCUACGAGUUCCGCUUCGCGGAGCCGUUCGGGCCCGAGGCGUCGUUCUCGUACGCUGUGGCGGCGGAGGCCGCGGCGGAGGCGGGGCUCGGGCCGCCGGCGCUGAGCCGCUUCGUCGUGGACCCCUCCGGCCGCCUGAUGCAGUACGCGUGGUCGCCGCAGUCGGCGAGCUGGAGCAUGUUCUGGUCGCGCCCCGAGGUCGAAUGCGGCGUCUACGGCGUCUACGGCCGAUGCGGGAGCCUCGGGGUCUGCGCCGCCGGGGACCGCUCGUGCCAGUGCCCGCCGGGGCUCCGCCCCGCCGAUCCCGCGGCGUGGAGCUCCGGCGACUUCUCCGGCGGGUGCUCCCGCGCCGGCGAUCCUCCGUGCUCCGCCGCGGACGGCGACGAUGAUGACGAGUUCGAGGAGAUGGGCGCCGCGGAUAUCGACGGCGACGCCGAGGUGUCGAUCCCCGGGGUGAGCCGGAGCUCGUGCGAGGGGUCUUGCGUGAGCAACUGCUCGUGCCUCGGCCUACGCUACGAUCCCGGCUCCCGCCUCUGCAGGAACCUGUACGGGAACGCCUACAACCUCCGGAACCGCACGGAUGCGCCAAUCCUCUUCCUGAGGGUUUCGGCGAGUAGUCUCAGGGGGGGAUCGAGCUCGAAUGCGAAGAAGAAGAAGCAGAAGAAGACGACGACGAUGAUUCUAAUAGGCGUCCUCUGUGGUUCAUUGGCCAUCUUCGGAUCGUUAGCUUCGAUCGUCACUGUUAUUAUUCUUCGAAGAAGAAGAAGAAGAAGAAGAAGAAGAGGAGGAGGAUUAGCGAAAGCGAAGGAAGACGACGGAACCUUCUCGAACGUGACGGUGUUCUCGUACAAGGAGCUCUACGCGGCCACACGGGGCUUCUCGGAGAAGCUGGGCCACGGCGGCUUCGGCGCCGUUUUCCGCGGCGAGCUCCCGGGCGCGACCCCGGUGGCCGUGAAGCGGCUGGAGCGCGGCGGCGGAGAGCGCGAGUUCCGCGCGGAGGUGCGCACCAUCGGGAGCGUGCACCACGUGAACCUGGUGCGCCUCCGCGGCUUCUGCUGCGAGGGCCCGCACCGCCUCCUCGUCUACGACCUCGCCCCGCUCGGCUCCCUCAGCGCCCACCUCGGCGCCGCCGCCGCCCCGCUGAGCUGGGCGGCGCGGCUCAGGAUCGCGGUGGGCACGGCGCGGGGCGUGGCGUACCUCCACGAGGCGUGCCGCGACUGCAUCAUCCACUGCGACAUAAAGCCCGAGAACAUACUGCUCGACUCCGACUACACCCCCAAGGUUUCGGACUUCGGGCUGGCGACGCUGGUCGGGCGGGGGGACCCGACCCGCGCCGCCGCGACGUCGGUGCGGGGGACGUGGGGUUACGUGGCGCCCGAGUGGGUCUCGGGGGGCGCCGCGAUCACCCCCAAGGCCGACGUCUACAGCUUCGGCAUGACGCUCCUCGAGAUCCUCUCGGGCCGCCGCAACGCCGAGUCGGCGACGUUCGCGGCGUGGGCGGCCGGCCGGAUCGCGGCGGGCGACGACGCCGCGGCGGCGGCGGUGGCGGACCCGAGGCUCGCGGAGGUCGGGGGCUACGACGCGGCGGAGGCGGAGCGGCUGGCGCGGGUCGCGGUGUGGUGCGUCCAGGACGAGGAGUCGGCGCGGCCCGGGAUGGGCGCGGUGGUGCAGAUGCUCGAGGGCGCGGUGGCGCCCCCGCCGCCCCCGCCGCCGCCGCGGCUGCUCCGGGCGCUCGUCGCGUCCGGUGACUCGUUCCCGCGCCCGGAGACGAGCAAUGCGGCUUCGGGGAAUGACUCGGAGGUGUCGGUGGGGAGCGACUCGGAUGGGCCGAGUCGGGUCGGUGAGGACGAGUCCGAGUCGCGAGCGGGGUGAGUCAUGAGUGGUGAGAGAGUCGGUGGGGAGAAGCGCCUGUGCGUCGCGGGUGGAGCUUUUGGCCCCCUUCGCCAUCGUUCCGGGAGCGACAGCGACGAUGGUGCGGUUGGAACGGCGUGGCGGGCCCCACAACAAGGUACUGCUCGGGCCCCACAAGGCACUGCUCUGCUAUUUUGUCGUCUAGACUCUUUCAGAGGGAAUGGAAUUAGAAAAAGUUAAUGACGUGGACCUGCGCGAGUGCGGAGCCAACUUUUUUGGCGGGAAACGACAACACAAAAGAAAAAGUUAAAAAAAAAAAAAAAAAUCCCCUAGUCUUAUUCGCGUCGACGAUGCAAAAUGGGGCUGGGCCUCGGAGAAGAAGGGGAACGUGAACCUUUUGCAAAAGUGAUGUUCCCAUCUAAUUAUAAGGUUCUUCUAAUGGCCUCCUCGUGGGCCGCAGCCGACAUGGCUCGGCCCAAUUGGACAUUAGGCCCAGUUUCAGCUCACAUUCAUGUCCUCUUCUUCAUCGUUUAAAGUUUUUUUUAAAAAAAAGGGAAAAGAAAAAAGGAAAACAUAUAAGAAGCAAUGGGUAGAAAUUUUCCCAAAUGCUGACCCAUCUUCAUCACUGGAAGUGAUCUGAGGUUAGCCAAAAAGUUAGAUCUAGUGAACGAGAUGGAUUCCCCUCCCCUGAGGGCCAUUUUAACAACAGUACAAAAACACAGACCUCUCCAUAAAUCCGGUCCGCUAUCAUUGUUCGAAAAAUGUUGGCGAAUGGUUGAUUGGUUGUUUCCGUAUCCGCAGGUGAAUGGUGAUGUAGCGAUUAUUCGAGCUCUCAAAUAUUUGUCCUCCCUCUACUCGUUCUCGUCUACUUUAUGUACUGGCAUUGGCCUCGUGAGUGUCAUGUGAACGAACUUUUGACAUUUUGUUAACUUUGUGAGAUUCGGUUGUUGGAAAUUGAUGAAGCACGAGGUUUGUGGGGAUUAAAACAAUAAGAUUAUUCACAUUAUUAAUCUGUAAAUGGAAAAAAAAAGGGGAAAAAUUGGAUCGUCA